GCACGCAGGCCUCAGAGCCCCCCAGCUUCCGCACCCCCUCCACCUUGAAACUUGGAGCUGGGUAGGGGUGCAGCAUGAAGCCCCCGGACCGCCCCGCCCCUGGUCGCACUGACCGGAUACUGGGGGUCAUGGGGGGCAUGCUUCGCGCAUGCACGCUGCCCGGGCAGGAGGGGACCCCGAAGAGAACCCCCCUAGGGUCGGGGUGUACAGAACCAGAAAGCAACUUUUCCGAGGGGGAUCAGAGAGGGGAGCGCGAUCAUGAGAUCCUCGCCUGGGCUUCCCAGCCCGAAUCCUAUUCCAUCACUGGCAGUGAGGGGAGUAUAUCAGCUUCUGCUGCUUCCGGUCUGGCUGCCCCUUCUGGCCCCAGCUCUGGCCUCAGCUCUGGCCCCUGUUCCCCAGCCCCUCUAGGGCCAGUCAGUGGCCUGAGGAGAUGGUUGGAUCAUUCCAAACAUUGUCUUAGUGUGGAAACUGAGGCAGAUAGUGGCCAAGCGGGACCAUAUGAGAACUGGAUGCUUGAGCCAGUGCUAGCCACAGGAGAAGAGCUGCCAGAACUGACCUUGCUGACCACAUUGUUGGAGGGCCCUGGGGAUAAGAUACAGCCACUUGAAGAGGAGACUUUGUCCCAAGCCCCCGAGAGUAAGGAGGAACAGAAGAAGGCUCUGGAAAGGAGUAUGUAUGUCCUGAGUGAACUGGUAGAAACAGAGAAAAUGUAUGUGGACGACUUGGGACAGAUUGUGGAGGGUUACAUGGCCACCAUGGCUGCUCAGGGGGUUCCUGAGAGUCUUCAAGGCCGUGACAGGAUUGUGUUUGGGAACAUCCAGCAAAUCUACGAGUGGCACCGCGACUAUUUCCUGCAGGAGUUACAACUGUGUUUGAAGGAUCCUGAUUGGCUGGCUCAGCUCUUCAUCAAACAUGAACGAAGGCUUCAUAUGUACGUGGUAUACUGUCAGAAUAAGCCCAAGUCAGAGCAUGUUGUAUCAGAGUUUGGGGACAGCUACUUUGAGGAGCUCAGGCAGCAGCUGGGGCACCGCCUGCAGCUCAGUGACCUCCUCAUCAAACCUGUGCAGCGGAUCAUGAAAUACCAGCUGCUGCUCAAGGAUUUUCUCAAGUACUACAGUAGAGCUGGGAUGGAAACCGAGGAGCUGGAGCAAGCUGUGGAGGUCAUGUGCUUCGUGCCCAAGCGCUGCAAUGAUAUGAUGACCCUGGGGAGACUGCGGGGAUUUGAGGGCAAACUGACUGCUCAAGGGAAGCUGUUAGGCCAGGACACUUUCUGGGUCUCAGAACCUGAGGCUGGAGGCCUGCUCUCUUCCCGGGGCCGAGAGAGACGUGUCUUCCUCUUUGAGCAAAUCGUCAUCUUCAGCGAGGCUCUGGGAGGAGGAGCACGAGGUGGCACACAGCCUGGAUAUGUGUACAAGAGCAGCAUCAAGGUAAGCUGCCUGGGACUGGAGGGGAACCUCCAAGGUGAUCCUUGCCGCUUUGCCCUGACCUCUAGAGGGCCAGAAGGUGGGAUCCAGCGCUAUGUCCUUCAGGCUUCAGAUCCUGCAGUCAGUCAAGCCUGGAUCAAGCAAGUGGCCCAGAUCCUGGAAAGCCAGCGGGACUUUCUCAAUGCUUUGCAGUCACCCAUUGAGUAUCAGAGACGAGAGAGCCAGACCAACAGCCUGGGACGGCCAGGAGGGCUUGGGGUAGGGAGCCCUGGGAGAAUUCGGCCUGGAGACCCAGCCCAGGUCAGCACUCAUAUACCCAUCAACGGCUCUCUCCCCUCCCUGCUGCUGUUGCCCAAAGGGGAGGUAGUCAGAGUCCCCCUGCCUCUGGACACUCAGGUCCUUAGUGUCACCCUGCCGGCUCCUCAUGACUCUCCUCCAGUCCCUACAGCUCUGAACACCCCUCCAGGCCAGGCCAAACUCGCAAAGCUGGAUGAAGAUGAGCUGUAACUGGUGCAGGGCAUGGGGAUAGUGCUGACUCAGUCACCUGUUCCCAAAGGGACUUCAAGGCAAUUCUGGCACCACUCCAGAAUUCCUCCCUCUUAGUAAGGCUGGAAGGUGAGCGAGGCUAGGAAGAUAAUCAAUUUGGAGGACAGUACCUAGGCCCAAAAAUACUUCUUUCUGCCCAAGAAACACAGGAUCCUUCAGCUCCACCCCUAUGCAUGCAUCACCAUCCCCUCAAAAGGGGAUUAUGUGAGUGGUUGGGAGGGAGGGCUUGGGCAAGGGUUUGGGUUUUGAUUUUGUUUUUCUUGU